GAAGAUGGGUUUAAUGCGGUCGAUGCUUCCAAAUGCAAAGCAAAUAUUCAAAUCACAAUCUAUGAGGAACAAAAACGGAUCACAAUCAUCAACAACAACUUCAGGGCUUGUUCCGAAAGGUCACGUAGCGGUUUACGUUGGAGAACAAAUGGAGAAAAAGAGGUUUGUGGUUCCGAUAACAUACUUGAACCAUCCUAUGUUCAGAGAAUUCCUUAAUCGCGCUGAGGAAGAGUGCGGAUAUCAUCACUCGAUGGGUGGCUUGACCAUACCUUGUCGAGAAGAGUCGUUUCUUCAUCUCAUUA